AUGAAUGCUCAAGAUCCUGAUGCAUGCCAGUUAUCUUAUGUUGAAUUUCCUUCGAAAUAUGUUUGGAAUAGUGAAAAUAAAGAGUGGACUCGAAGGAAAAGUGGUAGAUGUCUAGGUAGAGUUGCGUAUGUUCACCCUGCUGCUGGUGAAUUAUACUAUUUGAGAUUAUUGCUUAAUUAUCAAAAAGGUGGCUUUUGUUUUGAUGAUUUAAGAACAAUUAAAGGUGUUCUUCAACCCACAUUUCAAGCUGCAUGCAACUCACUAGGUCUGUUAGGAGAUGAUAAGGAGUGGAACAACGCAAUGUUAGAAGCGAUGGUUACUGCAUCAUCGUAUCAAUUGCGACAAUUGUUUGUUACAUUAGUUUUGUUUUGUGAUGUUGCUGAUCCAACAACUUUGUUUGAGACACAUUGGAAAAUGAUGUGUGAUGACAUCUUGACAAAGAUGGUUAAUGCUUUUGGCUUGCAGGAUAUGUCUAAGUAUGAGGAUGAACUUAGAAAUUCUCUUUUGUAUGAGUUAGAAAAGUUGUUUGUAGUUUCAAAUAGUUCUCUGUCUAAACAUCACCUCCCAGUUCCAAACAAAGAUUUGAUGGAUAGACUUAAGAAUAGAAGUUUAAGAGAGGAGUUAAACUAUGACUCUGAAUCACUUAAAGAACAACAUUCAAUAUUGAUGGCACAGUUGAAUCAAGAGCAAAAAAUAGUUUAUGAUAGUGUUAUAGAGGUUGUUGAUGGCAACAAGCCUGGUCUAUUUUUUGUUCAUGGACAUGGUGGAACUGGUAAGACUUUUUUGUGGACCACUAUCAUAGCUAAGAUUAGAUCAGAGAACCGUAUUGUUUUGGCGGUUGCUUCGUCUGGAAUUGCCUCCCUUUUGCUUCCUGGCGGAAGAACUGCACACUCUCGAUUUAAAAUGCCUAUCAGCAUUACAGAUUGUUCAAUUUGUGAAAUAAAAAAAGGAACUCAUCUAGCACAAUUAAUUAGUAAUGCAGCUCUUAUUGUUUGGGAUGAAGCACCAAUGAAUCAUAAACAAUGUUUUGAAACUUUAGAUAGAUCUCUUCGUGAUGUUCUUAAAGGGUCUAAACCAGGUUUUGAUAAUUUGCCAUUUGGAGGAAAGCCAAUUCUCUUUGGAGGUGAUUUUAGACAAAUUUUGCCUGUUGUUCCAAAUGGAACUAAAGCUGACAUUGUUGAAGCUUCAUUGACAAGUUCUUAUCUUUGGCCUUAUCUAACUGUUUUUUUUCUCAAAGAAAACAUGAGGCUUUCAAAAACUGGUUUGAAUGAGCAGGAAAAACAGGAGUUAGCUGAUUUUGCAAAUUGGAUAUUACAAAUUGGAAACGGUAAUGUUGCUAAUUCUAUAUUGUCAACUGAUGAAGAAAGUUCUUGGGUUGAAAUUUCAAAAGACUUUCUUAUUAAUUUUGAUGAUGAUCCUAUCGAAAAUAUGGUUUCAGCGGUGUACACAGAUUUUAAAACAAAUUUUCAUGAUGUAUCAUAUUUGAAAGAAAGAGCCAUUGUCACACCGCGAAACAACACGGUAACUGAGAUAAAUGAUUUUAUGUUGACUAUGGUGCCUGGCGAAGCUCGCACGUACCUCAGUUUUGAUUCUGUGUCUUCUUCGACAGAAAAUGUUGAAAAUCUUGAUAUACUUUAUCCGCUAGAAUUUUUGAACCAACUUGACUUACCUGGUUUGCCGCACCACAAGCUAGCAUUGAAAGUUGGUAUGCCAGUAAUGUUGCUUAGAAAUUUAAAUCAAAGUUGUGGAUUGUGUAACGGGACAAGGUUGGUGGUGAUGCAGUUAACUGAUAGAAUUGUGGAAGCAAAGAUCAUAACGGGUAGCAAAAUUGGUGACAAAGUUUACAUUCCAAGAAUCAUUACGGAGUCAUCAGAAAAUAAAUAUCCGUUUACUUUGCGGCGAAGACAAUUUCCUCUUAGAAUUUGUUAUGCAAUGACAAUUAAUAAGAGUCAAGGACAAUCUUUGAAGAUUGUUGGGUUAUUUCUAUCUCAAACAGUUUUUUCUCAUGGACAGCUCUACGUUGCAUUGUCUAGGGUCACCUCAAAACAAGGUCUUAAAAUUGUGAUUGCUCAUGAUAGUGAUAUGCCUUAUGGAUACACAAAAAACAUUGUUUAUAAAGAUGUUUUGAAUUGUUUACAUGAAGGCAUUUUUCAAUAG